AUUCAUAUAAUUCGUCCUAAUUGUCCAGAUGGUAUUCAAUGCAAAAAACUUAUUCACGAAGAUCAUUUGAAUUCAUAUACACAUUCAAAUAUUCGUGAUAUUCGACUCUUAUGUAUUGAUGGAAAUAAAUGUUCAUAUCGUCAUAAUUCAGAUCAUCUGGCUAGAUAUCGACAUGGAUUUUCAGCUAGAGAUAGUGGUGUAGUUCGUUAUUAUAAUUUAAAUAAAGGUAUUAAUUUUGUAGAAAAUCAACAGAAGAAUAUUGAACGUGUUAUAAAUUAUGUCAAAAAGAAAAAUUGGAAAAUUUUAUCAUCUCAAUCUAUUUCACCGGAUAUUAUUGAUUGGAUACGCACUGUUCAACCUGUUCAUCGAUGUAAACGUGAUAUUUUUCAAUCGAUUCUUCUGCAUGGACAUGUUAUGAGUCGAGAUUAUAUGGAAAAUUUGAAAAAACCAGGAUAUGUUAUUCAUUCAAUUCUUCAACAUACUCGUAUACAACAAAUAAAACAUUUAAGAAUCAAAACUUAUAAUGAUCGCGCGAGAGAAUACAUAACUGCCUUGGUAACGGAAGUAUUUAAAACCAACUCUACAAAUAAAUCAACAACAGGCAAUGAACCACCAUCUCCUGAUAUAUAUAAUCCACAAUUUGAUGAACAAUCCAUUGCUAGUAUAGAAGUUAGUCUUUUGAAAAUUAUUACUGCAGAAGAUUUACAAAUAAUUAAAUCGACAGCAAUUGAAAUAGCUACCUCUUCAAUUGAACUCCAAUUAAAGCCAUCAGGUAUUGGUUAUGAAAGAGAUAAAGAUUUAGGAACAAAUAGAACGGUCUUUAGUAUUCUUGGACCACAUUCAGGUCAAUAUGGUGAUAUAUUUAUUAUUUUUAAACGCGAAAUUCUUCAUCAUCCUGAUGCCAAUUUUUCAAUUCAAUCAGCAACAUCAUACGCUAGUGGAAAAGCUUUUAUAUGGCGUCCAUGGUUAAGACCUGAUCCAAUGACAGAUAAAGAUCGAAUUGAAUUAUUUCACAAAACAAAAUUACAUGUUGCAAUAUCAGGUUAUGAAUAUGCAACAGCUCUUGAAUUAAUUGCUGUAACAAAUCCUAAUGAAGGAGAGAAAACAAUCAAUAUUAAUUUAGAAACACUUCUUAACGGCUGGAAGAAUUUAGAAUCACACAGAAGAAUCGAAGCUCAUUUGCCACAAUUAAUUCCAUUAGAUUAUAUUCAACAUGUUUAUACGACAAAAUCAAUAUUUGAUUCAUUCGAUGCCAACAAACAGGAAACAAUUCGUACUACUUUCGAAAAUAAUCUAUCAGUUGUAUCAUUUCAAUCUCGAGAACAAUAUGAAGAACUUGUUAGUAAGGAAUUAAUAACUAAAUUUGGUCAACGUGAUACUCCUUCACUUUCAAGACCUAUACAAGGUUCAGUUAUUACAAUACCAUCUACUGAUUUCAGAGAUCAUUAUGUUUUACCAUUGACAAUUUCACAAGCAUUAACACAAUAUAAAAUUGAUCAUUCAAAUAUAUCAAAUGAUAUAACGAUGUACAUUUAUUGGCAAGUUAUGAAUGGAGAUAUGAUGUUAACAUUAUCGAAUGAACAAAUUGAUCCCAAUAAACAACAAGAAACACUUAAAUGUUUGAUCUGUUAUCUUGCUGAAAAACCAUCAACAAAAGAUGCUUCGUAUCAUGAACAGGCUUCAUAUUUACAUAAUGGUCUACCAUUUCAACACUAUAUUUUUAUUAACGAACGAAAAUAUGCAGCGGAAUCGACUGCAUUCUAUCUUGGUUGUAAUACAGAUGAUUUGAUGACGUUUUGUCUUGAAAUUCAACGUUCAACUGGAAAAGUUAUUUUAUCACAUGCAGGUCCGAAUAUGAUUUAUACUCAACAAACAAUUUCUUAUACAUUUUCGAAAGAAACCGUUAAUUUAGCUGAUUUAGAAUAUAUUCAUGUUAGUGCUGGCGUUCAUACGGUACUAAUACGAAAUCUCUCUGUCACCUUCGAAAAAGAAUCUAAGCCCUUGAACAAUUCUGAUACAACUACUGAAAAUGUUCAAUCCGAUCAAGUCUAUGAUAAUAUUCGUAAUCAGCCGCAUCGUAACGUAUCAACAGCAUUCUCGCCAUCAAAUAUAGUUCAACGAUCAAUUCAAAAUUCAGAUCUAGAUGAAGAAUGGUUUAAAUUGCAUCGUAAUGGAAAUAAUGGCAGUAGUAGACUACAUGAAUGGACGAUUUUUGAUAGACCACCAUGCAUAAAAGAAGAAAAUUACCCAGCGUCUAAAACUAAAUCGACUGCUACUACUGUUAAUAGUAAAAUGUGUGGUUCUAUGUUUGGUAUGGCAAUCGGUGAUGCUUUGGGUGCACAUGUUGAAUCUCGCCCACACAGUUAUCUCGUGGAACAUCCAGUCAGAGAUUUACAAGGUGGUGGUACAUGGGGUUUAGAGAAAGGACAAUGGACAGACGACACAUCCAUGGGACUUUGUUUAGCUAUUUCCUUAAUCGUGAGACAGGGUUUUGAUGCAUAUGAUCAAUUAGUUCGUUAUAAGUGGUGGUGGAAAUACGGUUACAUGACAUCUACUGGUCGUUGUUUUGAUAUUGAUCAUGCCACGAGUCAGUCAUUAGGCCAAUUCGUUGAUAAACAAGAAGUAUUCAUCAAAAAAUAUAACAUACCACGUGAAUCUAUAGACUCAUUGACGACUGAACAAUCGAAAAAAUUCCAUAACGACUUUUCAACUCAAUGUAGUGAAAAGGGUGUGGCUGGUAAUGGAGCGCUUAUGCGUUUAGCACCAUUGCCAUUAUUUUUCUUUCGCUCACCUCGUGAUGCUAUAUAUUACGCUGGUGAAUCAGCUCUUCUCACGCACGGUGAUAUCAAAGCAAGAGACGCAUGUCGUUAUUAUGCAGCGUUAAUAUGUGGUGCUAUGAUCGAUCAUUCAAAAAGGGACCUAUUAGAUAACAAGUUCUAUCACAGUUGUUUAGAAAAAAAGUGGUUCGGAGAUGAUCAAUUAGUUCCAGAGAUCAAAGCAAUCGCAGAAGGUUCAUUUAAAAAAAAGGGAUAUGAAGCGGGUAUUCGAGGCAAGGGUUACAUUGUUAUGGCAUUAGAAGCAGCAUUGUGGGCAUUCUGGGAUUCUAAUUCGUUCGAAGAUGGUGCACUAAAAGCUGUCAAUCUAGGCGAUGAUACGGACACAACAGCGGCAAUAUAUGGACAACUGGCUGGAGCUGUUUAUGGUGUGGAACGCUUACCAGAACGCUGGGUUGCCCAACUUUAUGCCCGAAACUAUAUAGAAUGGCUGGCACAAUGGCUGAAUUACAGGGGGAAUGAAUGGAUCUGUGUACGAAAUAUCUGUGAUCAUUCAAAUAUAUCAAAUGAUAUAACGAUGUACAUUUAUUGGCAAGUUAUGAAUGGAGAUAUGAUGUUAACAUUAUCGAAUGAACAAAUUGAUCCCAAUAAACAACAAGAAACACUUAAAUGUUUGAUCUGUUAUCUUGCUGAAAAACCAUCAACAAAAGAUGCUUCGUAUCAUGAACAGGCUUCAUAUUUACAUAAUGGUCUACCAUUUCAACACUAUAUUUUUAUUAACGAACGAAAAUAUGCAGCGGAAUCGACUGCAUUCUAUCUUGGUUGUAAUACAGAUGAUUUGAUGACGUUUUGUCUUGAAAUUCAACGUUCAACUGGAAAAGUUAUUUUAUCACAUGCAGGUCCGAAUAUGAUUUAUACUCAACAAACAAUUUCUUAUACAUUUUCGAAAGAAACCGUUAAUUAG